CGAGCCGCCCGCCUGGUGUCCACGAUCGCCCUUCGGGGACCCGGCGACGAGUUCCGUCCCUCCGCGCCGCGGUCGGCCAGCAGCCCGCGGGGCCCGGGCAUCUUCACGGUCCCGUUGGGCGCUUCCCCGCCGCGCAGGCGGGAGCGGGGCUGAGCGGGGCUCAGCUCGGCGGGUGGCGCGGGCGCGGAGACGCGGGGCGAGCGGAGGGCGCAGCGCCAUCCCGGCUGGCUCCGGCAGAGCUCGGCGCUCUCGGCCCCCGUCUCCUUUCAUGCCAUGCUGUUUGUCCAGCAGAAAAUACUAAGCCUUUAGCUUUAAAAAGUAUUUAUUUGGCUCCGCGAGUCGUCCUCGCAUCCUUUUGAGUUAGGAGUUUGCGGUGGGCAGAGGGAGGGGAGACGGAACGCUUGUUCUGAUCGAAAAACACCGAGAGACCAGAGCAUCUCUUUCAGCAGCGAGGAGGAGAAGCCGUCGCAGGAUCUACACACAUCUACAACUCUCUAUUGCUUUUUGUGCACAUUCCUAACUCUGCCCGACGUCCAUCCAAGGGGGCAGGCAUGGGGUGUUUGGGCAACAGCAAGACCGCAGAAGACCAGGGCGUCGAUGAAAAAGAACGACGCGAGGCCAACAAGAAGAUCGAGAAGCAGCUGCAGAAGGAGCGUCUGGCUUACAAAGCGACUCACCGCCUGCUGCUACUGGGCGCUGGUGAGUCGGGGAAAAGCACUAUCGUCAAACAAAUGAGGAUCCUGCAUGUCAAUGGAUUUAAUCCUGAGGAAAAGAAACAGAAAAUCCUGGACAUCCGGAAAAAUGUUAAAGACGCUAUUGUGACAAUUGUUUCUGCUAUGAGUACUAUCAUACCUCCAGUUCCACUGGCCAACCCAGAAAACCAGUUUCGAUCAGACUAUAUCAAGAGUAUAGCUCCUAUCACUGACUUUGAAUAUUCCCAGGAAUUCUUUGAUCACGUGAAGAAGCUUUGGGACGAUGAAGGCGUGAAGGCGUGCUUUGAGAGGUCCAACGAAUACCAGCUGAUAGACUGCGCACAAUACUUCCUGGAAAGAAUCGACAGUGUCAGUCUGGUGGACUACACACCCACAGACCAGGACCUUCUCAGAUGCCGAGUUCUGACAUCGGGGAUUUUUGAGACCCGAUUCCAAGUGGACAAAGUAAACUUUCACAUGUUUGAUGUCGGCGGCCAGAGGGACGAGAGAAGAAAAUGGAUCCAGUGCUUUAACGAUGUCACGGCUAUCAUUUAUGUUGCGGCCUGCAGCAGCUACAACAUGGUGAUUCGGGAAGAUAACAACACCAACAGGCUCAGAGAGUCCCUGGAUCUUUUCGAAAGCAUCUGGAACAACAGGUGGUUACGGACCAUUUCUAUCAUCUUGUUCUUGAACAAACAGGAUAUGCUGGCAGAAAAAGUCUUGGCGGGGAAAUCAAAAAUUGAAGAUUAUUUCCCAGAGUAUGCAAAUUAUACUGUUCCUGAAGAUGCAACACCAGAUGCAGGAGAAGAUCCCAAAGUUACAAGAGCCAAGUUCUUUAUCCGAGACCUGUUUUUGAGGAUCAGCACAGCGACAGGGGACGGCAAACAUUACUGCUACCCACACUUCACCUGUGCCGUGGACACCGAGAACAUUCGCAGAGUGUUCAAUGACUGCCGUGACAUCAUCCAGAGGAUGCACCUCAAACAGUACGAACUCUUGUGAGGCAGCCCUGGGGCAGGUGGGUGCGCCUUCUGGCACCUUCUCUCCACCUGCCUCUCCUCCCUUGGCCACCCCACCAGGUGGAACAUUUAUUCCAGGAUUGUCUGUCAGCCCCAAGCCAUGGUAGAAAGUAGGGAGUUCCCGGUUUCAUCCAGCUGCCGCCCUGUCCUGUUCUGACCUGUGUGACCACCAAGCCUCUGGCUACCUCUGUUCCCCUCAGGUUUGGUUUGUAGCUUUCGUUUUCACUGAACACAACCUUCCACAGCCUCCCCACCCCCACCAAUUUGUGUCGCUGCAAACCAGCACUCUCACUUGGGUGGUGCUGCAGUGAAACCCCUCUGGGUGAGGGCCCCUUUCAGUCAUCCAUUCAGUGAUUUCUUGAUUCGGCAGGAACUUGAUAAAGGGGGGAGAAAUGGCACUUUUUUCUGGCUUAUCAGGCAUGAUUGCAGUGGCAGGGGUAUGAGGCAGUGAGCCACAUGCGUGGGCAAGUGGCCACCUCUCCCGAGCUGCACUGGCCCAGGAGCGAGGCUAGACCCCAAGUCACAGGGUGGAGAGAAACCCGUUUCAAUCAUAUCUGAGUCGCUGCCAACCUCAGGCAUUAAGUUAGACCUACUCUGAGCAGACAACCUACUACAUUCACCACUGCAAAGUGUGUCCUGUCUACACAUGAUUCUCUAGAGUGUGAUAUGCUUGGACAAGAGUCUCCCUUCAUAUAUUCUUGUUGUUUUACUGCUGGUUUAUUAUAACUGUACAGACCACAAAAUGUAAUAUUAUUUUCUAUAAUUACUCAAAAAUCCUUGUAGAUCUUUGUGCCUCGAUCAGGCUGUAUCUGUAAAAGAAACGUGUUUUUAUCGUGCUGAACCGCUAAAUGUCAACAUUACCUGCUGCUUGCUCUAAAAAAGAGAAUGGUGUGUGUAGAAUUUAGGAUAUUCUUCAGGUUAGUGCUUUUAAAAAUAUCUUUGAUUAAAUAUAUAUAUGCAUAUAUAUAUAAAUUAUCCACAUUAAUCAUUCACCUCUUACAAAUAAUUCUGUACCAACAUCACAAGCUUUUCAAGAACCAAGGAUUUUUUUUCUCCAGACAAUAUGUCUUUUGAUUAUUUUCCUAUUUAAAGACUUUUUACAAGUUCCCUGAGUGGAAAUAGGUCAACCAUUCCCUUUAGUCAAAGUUUUCGAACCACUUACUUGGGCCACAGCUUCCAGUGUAAACAAAGAGCAAGAAGAUGACAGAGGUGUCCGUGUUCGUGUCCAGCCCAAGAGAGUCAAAGGAUGGCAUCUCCAUUUGCCUGCUCUCAAGAAGAAAUAUUACACAACCUUUAUUUGGAAGACAAAGUCAAAAUAUAUGGCUGUUUCUCACACUCGAAAGAUUUGUAAAUGCAGCGUCAGAAGUUAUCGUACAGCGCAGUAUCUAGAAAGCAAGAAUCACGAUAGCGGUGAUGCUUCAUAUUCUACCCACAGCCACAACUUUGAGGGUCGUUGCCUUAGGUGCGAGAUAAUCUGCAAAGAUGUCCAAAGGUGGAUUUCAACAAUACAAACCCAGAGGUGACAGCCUCGCUGACAUGACUUCAUUUCCUUUUAGUCUUUAGUAUUGUCAAGUUUACUCUAUGAGUAGGCAUUCUGUAAUCCUUUAUAAAUGCAUCCAGACUAAAAAAAAGAAAGACGAAAAAAUGCAUCCAGACUGAAAUACUACUUUUCCAUGAAUGAAAGGAUAACUUUGUAGAUAGUCAGUGUAAGAAGCACACCGUUUAUGUCAGCAUCCCUAAAUUCCUGGACCUCUCUUCCCUGUUUCAUAAAACCCUGAUCUGAAAUGAGACACAUAAAGACACAUAAAGUAGAAAUUACUGUGUUUCCAUUGCACUUUCCACAUAAAAUGUGAACCGAAGAGCCACAUACACCCCCGUAUGCACAAAAAGCAAAAGCUACAUACUGUUAUAUAUGUUAUCACUCAGCAGUAACUCAACUUCCUCUUCAAACACAGAGUUGGACUCUUGGAAAAGAACACAUUUUACCUGGUUUCAAAUUAUCGAGACAUGUUUAUUUUUAAGUACCAAAAGCCCCUUCCCAGCUCUUUGUCAGGUUUCUUUUGAUCACGGACAGACAUUAAAUUCAGAUGUAACAGCUUGGCCUGCUGGAGAGAAAAUUACACUUAGCUAAAAAUCUGAUUCCAUAAUGAGCACAGAAGCACAAAAGUCUGUGAAAACAAUAUAUUCCUGCUUGUGGCGUCUGUACUUUUAUUUUAAGUGCAUAGCUUUAUAAUAUAUAGGAGUCUGAGGCCCACUUCGUAGGGGGACAGAAGCAAGCCCAGUGUUUGUGCGCACAUAAUCCCAGGUGCCGGCUCCAUCUUGGGGAAGAACAGACAGCAUAGUGCAUGCAAGUGAGACUUUAAUAGCUUUUACAUAUUGUACAGACACGAUCUUUGGUUAUACAUAUAUUUGAUAAAAUGAGAAAACAGACUUGUUGUAGAGUACACGUUCCAUUGUUAUAGCAUGAGAACAGUACAGUCAACUAUUUAUCCUUGCAGGA